ACUACUCCCGCAUAGUGCCCACACUAAGCUCUCACUCACACAGAUCAAUAUGUCGUCCAACUCAAACAACAUCUUCAAUGCUGUCUCCAUCUUUGAUGGAAAGCACUGGCUCGUAUGGUCCGGAACUAUGGAGUCCUACCUGGAACAUCAGGGGAUCUCAUAUGUGCUGACCGAAACGGCGCCGACCGAAGUCAAAGCUACCGAUGGCUCUGUGACCAACGCAUCGGAGAUCAAACAAUGGAAGCAUGAUGAUCUCAGAGCCAAAGGCAGCAUUAAGUUGCGCCUGACUGAGGGAGUCAUUGCUAACAUUCCUCCUGCGGAUAUAGUGUCAGCUGCCAAGAUCUGGGCGCAUCUGAAGACCCAAUACGGAGGUGCUCAGUGCGCCGACCUAUAUGCGUACUUCCAAACUGCGUUGAACGCCAAGUACAACGUGGGGUUGCACCCGGAUCCACAGCUGCUGGUGAUCACUACGGCGUUCGCUCGCCUGGAGAAUGAGUCUUUGAGCAUCCCUGAGUUCCUCAGAGCGAUGAUCAUUCUCAACAUAGCCCGGAUUCCCUCCGUCACAGAGACUGUUCUCCAGACCUAUGAAAAGGACGAGAUCAAAGUCUCGGCGGUUCGUGACGCUCUCUUGACGCAUUUCGCUCAGAAGCAGUCUCAAAGCCAGAAUCAUGUGGCCAAGUUCAAUACCAAGCGCAAGCGCGAUGACCCUUCGUUCACCAAUCAGCAACAGGGCUCUGGCUCUGCACCCGAUAAGGGUGAUAAGGCUGAUGGAAAGAAGAAGAACCGUCGAGGCAAGCGCAGUGGGAAGAACAAGGACAACAAGGGCAAGGGCAAGGCUGAUCACAGUCAUGUCCAUGGAGUCUCCGAGAUCACUGGCUCCCUCACUAUUGGUUCGAUCGCCUCGCUCACUCCGUCUAUCCCUGCGCCGACGAUCUCGCAUGUCACGCACAUCUCUCGCGAUGGACCCAAAAUCCGCGCGGUUCAAGAGAAGUCUCCCGUUAACAACAAUGGGAUGAUUGACACCGAGUUCCAGAAGCCUACUCGUAAGGUCUUCGAGCUGGCCAAGAAGAUGGAUGUGACGGUGACCGCAGAACGCUUCCGGACUCUCGACAAGAUCGUCAAUGAGAAAGGAAUGCUCCGCGAGGACGCAAUUAUGCGUUCUCCAUCUCCGGUUGCUUCCGGCUCGAAUCACACGCUGGAUGAUGGUCCUCCUGCCAAACGCAGUCGUAUCGAGGAGAUCCCCGACGUCGAGAUGGCCACCGGCCAACAGAACGAUCUUGAUCUUCUGUUUGGAGAUAGCGAGUUCGCCCAGGCUGAACCGGUCAAUUGGGAUGAGGUCGUCGACUUCAACACCCUUCUGGAGGAGAUGGACGCUCCUUCCGCCGAAAGCCAGAGCGCGUAAUCACCGCCGCCCCGGGUUCUGUACUUAAUUCGUUGAUGAUUCGUUCGCAUGAUUUUUGUACCAAUCUAUUCUGUGUGCACUCCGAUUUUGCUGCCUGCUCUAAGUGUAAGGGGAAACAUCAUCAUCAUGAAUUAGGGCCUCUAUGGCUUCUUGAUUCAGGUGCAUCUCUCCAUGUGACAUCGGAGAUUAGUGAUCUGGUCGGAUAUGAGAAGCUCUCAGAUCCUAUUGUUGCUCAGACCGCUGAUAAGAACACACGUGUUGCCCUUAUUGGUCGAGGAACAGCCUUCAUCGAUCAUUACGUCACAAGGCAUGGAGAAAAGACAAUGGUGACUUCUCAGAUAUAUCCAGUGUACCUAGUGCCAGGAUUACAUGGUCGUCUCAUGUCUUUGGGCUCCUUACUCAAAGGAGGAUCUCGCGUUCGUGGAGACGAAUCGCGGAUCAGCUUACAUCGAGGGAAGUCCCCACUCUCGAUCAUGGAGUUUAGAACUCUAGGGAAGGACAUUGCAUUGUACUUCCUGAUGUCAAAGCCUAGUACGGCUGAGACAGUGCGAUCCAUGUCCACUGUUUACAAGGUGGAUUAUGAGAUCAUGCACCGGCGAUUUGCACAUCCGUCGAAAGACGUUUUACGUCAGGCAAAGAAGAAUACCAAGGGCUUUCCAGAAGACCUAGUAUUUCCCGAGGAAACCCGACCGUGUAAAGGAUGCGCGCAAGGGAAAAUGCACCAACGUGCCUUCCCGCCUUCCGAAAAACGAGCAGAGAAUCCGUUUGAUUUGAUCCACUCGGAUCUCAAACAAUUUCCCACGGUGUCUUAUCACAAGUACCGCUACUUCAUGAGCUUCUUCGACGAAGCACUCUCCUAUGGCUGGACAGUAUGCCUUGCGCAGAAAUCCGAUGCCAAGCAGGCUAUGCGCAAUUUCAUUGCGAUGGUCAAGAACCAGUUCAAUGUCACCAUCAAAAAGUGGCAUAUUGACAAUGGGGGAGAAUUCAUGGGGAUGGGAAUGGAAGAAUUUCUCGCGGAACAAGGAAUUCUAGUGGAGAAGGGUGCUCCAUAUGCUCACCAGCAGAAUGGGCAUGCCGAGCGCUUCAAUCGUACGAUCAUGGAUAAGGCAGAAGCCAUGCGCUUCACUGCCUGUCUUCCUAAUUCUUAUUGGGAAUUCGCUAUCAAACAUGCGACACGGAUCUACAAUAUGACACCUAUCAGGCAUCUAAAAUGGAAAACUCCAUUUGAAGCUCUUCACAAGGAAAAACCGGAUGUUUCCGAACUCCGAGUCUUUGGUUGCGCUGCAUAUGUCUUUAUCCCUGAUGAGAAGCG